ACAUUUGCCGUUAUUUAAAUUCUUCCUUUCAAUUUGUUUUCAUCUCUUUAGUUUUUUCCAAGAUCUAAAUACUUCCAUCCCAUUUUAAAGUAGAAGAGAAAAUGCAAAGUGCAAACAUGACAUAAAAAGGAGAAAGAUACCUAAAUAAUAUUCCGAAUCGACAAAUUUUUCAAAAUUGUUUCCGAUACUUUGUUACGAAUGUUUUAUCACAAAAUUCCGAUACGUAAUAAUUUUGUUUUUACCUGCACUAUUUUGCGUUUAAAGUAAAACAGUUGGAUAUUGUGCAUCUGAUGGGGGAGAAGGAAAGAGAAGCAGAGAGUGUAGAAGGUGCAAUUAAAAUGAACAGACUUAAUCAGUCGCGUAGUGUUUACAUCGCAAAGUUAUCGCGAGUGAUGGACGAAACAACCGUGGCGGCCAUUUGCAUUCGCGAGACGGACUUUUCAGUCUGCGUCUGAAUGGAGAACGGAUUGUCUCGCAAUCAAUUGUGGAACGUAUCUUGACGUACGCCAAAGAUCAUAUUUUUAUCAUUUGUAAAAUGGCGAGGGCAAGUAACGAUGUAUCGAGGAUCGUGUGCGCGAAUACAAUUCAAGAAAACAAGAAGAGACUGCUCGAGGCGCGAAUUAAGAAUCAGGUAUUGCGCCAUAAGGCAAAAGAUCAGACUAGGCAAGAUCUAAACAAAUUGUUUAGCAAACUCAACCAAACUGUGGAAACAAACUUGGUGAAAACUUGGUCAGAAAAAUUGAACCUGCCAUGCUACAAUACAAACGUUACAAAUUGUUGGUAUGGCCCAGUUCUGGGUUUUCCACCUGGAUCCUGGUGGGGCAUACGUAUGGACUGCUCCAGAGAUCACAUGCACGACCUGUUUGAUGUUGACAUACACGAAGGACCAUUUGGUGUUGUUUCAGUCUGCACUUCUCAUACCAAUAUGAAAGAGGAUGUGGAUCUCGGUGAUGUCCUCACACUUACAGGUCAGGUAUAUCGUGAGGAGCAACCUGGCGCGGAUCCUUUUAUUCGCAACUAUAAGAAUCAGAUACCAUUAAGAUUAAUCAGAAGCUAUAAUCUGCAAGACGAUAUCGCACCUAAUACAGGUUAUAGAUACGACGGGCUCUAUAUAGUUAUAGACUGUUGGAUAGGCGUGGCUUUGGAUGGAACCAAGUACAAUAAAUUUGCCCUAAUGCGUCUACCUGAUCAAGAGCCACCAAGCUGGAGCAGCACAAACUCAAAAGAUUUAAUUUCCGCGCGACAAUGCGUUCCACUAUCUAAAUCAAAUCACUCGAAUGCAUAUGAUUUGAGAAAAUGUUCGUAUAACACUACCGGUAUUUGCGGCAAGCGAAAACUCGGCCACAGAGAUGAUUUACCAGUUGCGAAAACUAUUUCGUUUGCCGAUAUCGGCCGAAAAUCUGUACCUGAAAGUUCUAUCGUCACACGUCAUGUUUUUAAAAAACCGCCGAAUAAUGCGGAGAAUACGAUAUCGACCAUCGCAUCCGAUCAAAAAACAUUAACAUGCCUGGGUGCAUCAGCUACUAAAACACACAGUACAAACAUUUCGAUACGCAUGGGUUUAUACGAAUCGUCACAUAAUGUGCAAGACGCAAAGAAGAAUGUUUCGACAAUGUUACAUAAACCAUCAAAAACGAUUGAUAUCUCUGUUCGUACCGCAUUGGAUAUGGAGAGUGUUCGUUUUACAUCGAAAGAAGAUAAUAAGCUUAUUACAAGGCUAGAUACAGAUAAGGCAGUGGAUAAUUCCCAACUAAAUGAAAAUAUUUCUUGUAAUGAGUAUAUUGUGGCUGAAAAAGCAAACGAAAUCGCUUGCCCAUUCAAGAAACGCAAAAGAAAUUUGCAAGUUUUAAAUUCGGAACAUUUGCAUUCCUCCGUUUUAUCUACGUCGCUAAAUAAUCUGGAAAAUGGUACAAAUAUUAUCGAGCGUAAUGAACAAUUUAAAAAUGUUCAGCAAUAUUCGGAUACACAAAAUUUAAAUUCUAAUAAUGAACCAGAUAUACAAAUAUCAAAUUCCAAUAACGAAACAAUUUCGAGGAGUUCAAUCAUAACGCAUGAAAAAAUUCUCAAACAUCAUGAUACUUUGGAAAUAUCGAAUGAAUCGCUCUGCGCACAGAGCAUGAAAUCCUUGGAUUCUUUGACGCCGGACAAGAUCUUAAACUUGAUUAAUAACGAGAAGCAUCAUCCUCUAUCCAAGUUAUUGAUCGGAAAUGUUAUAGGAUUAACGACUGAAGAAUGUGCAAUGUUGGACGGAUCAAAGAUAUCCACUUUGGAUUCUAAAAGCAAGAUGCAUAUAACAUCAAAGAUAAAUCUUAAGAAAAGACGCGAAAAAGGAGAUAACAUAAAAGAGAAUGUUGCGUGUUUGGACAAUAGAAGAUACUGCAAAUAUUCGAAAACCAAGAGAUUAUCUUGGAAAGUGCAAUCGGAUACAGGAAAAUUUGACAAGAUAUCUAAGGUAGAUCGUCAAUCGUGCAAUGAUGCAAAUCAGAAAUGUAACACUAAUGCAAGGAAGAACAAUCAGAGUGGCAUAUCCAAGAAGAACAACGAGUACUUGUCACCAUUUCGUGUACAAACUUCGCUUCAGACUAUCGCUCAACAUACUCGCAGCUCAUAUGACAUAAAAACUCGUCUUAGGACCGAUAAAGGCGCAAUGGACUCGAUGAAGCAAGAGUUUCCCGACUCGUCGAUCAAAAAGAGCAGAUACAAAAAACGAGAUAGAGAAAUCGCCAACUUAUCAAUAGACGCCAAUUUUAGUCCUAUAACUCGCGGACCCAGAAAUAGAAGAUUGCGGUGCAAAAACAACGCGUACGCAAAUAAGAGAUGUUACAGCACUUUCAAUACCGUGAUAUAUUCACCUAGCAAACGAUGCAAGUCUAGUUUCAAACCCAAGAGCAAGCUGACCAAAGUCAAACGUGCCAGCGAUGGACAAACCAAGAAUAGAUACACGAUAUCUAAUGCCCUGCGUACAAAUGCUAAAAGUAUCAAUGAUUCGAUCGAAAAGCAGAAAAAUUUCGAAACUACCAUCAACAACGAUAAUGCAAAUAAACAUAAUCGUAAUAAUGUCAGCAAAAAAAAGGAGAAUAGAGUCGUGACGAUCGACGACGAUGAUCGUAACAUCUCCAAGACUUCCUUCGACAGAAGUCUUCGAAAGAAAUUGACAAUCCCUUUAUCACAUUGCACUGCUCAAACGCCCCUCUUACACUAUUUUCAUAAGAAACAAGCUCAGAAACCCAGCACGAUGGACGCGACGACGCAAUGCAGACUCAUCUCCGAAAAUCCGGAAGUCUAUGUUAUCGGACAACUAAACGAUCGAAGGACUAUCUUGAAGAUGGAGUGGGACAAAUACGAGAAGCUGAGGUCGGAAUCCAUUAGUGAUAUAGCCGACGACGAUCGAGAAUUCCAAAUUUGUCAAACACUGCGACUUUGCGCUGCUUCUACGAAGAGGAAUAACUCGAAUCGCGACGAAAAACACGAGGAUUCCUCGCAGGAUAGAACAUCGGCCUUUGUGCCUGUGACGAGCACGUCCGACAGCGAUCUGCGAAUCGCACGGCUCAGAUCAAUUGGUUUCAAGCCUAUAAUUGAACCACGGUCUCCACUUGGAAUCGUCGCGCGUGAUUUCGCGUUCGAGCAAAACCCUACGCUCGUAACUACGAGCAAAGUAACGAAGCGAGAUGUUGCUGAGAGGUAUGAUAAGUAUGCCAGCGAGGAUGACAAUGCAGUUGUUUAUAUGGAUGACGAAUUGCAAUAUCAAGAUAUCGAGAAGGAGGACGAUGAAGGUGCAGCGAACAUGUCGAUGAAAUCAGCAGUACAAUCGAAGAACGAUAAGAACGUUUUCGUGGAAAUGUCGCGCGAAAACUUGGAAUCUCCUUGGCACGGUUGGAAAAAGAUUGUGGCGAACAAUCGAUCGUAUUGGGUCGGUUGGUAAUAUUUUGCAAAUUGAUGGAUGCAACAAAUUGAUGAAUGAUUUUAGUAAUUGAUUGCAAAUUGUACAAAUGCUUCGUCUGCAAUCAAAAAAAUGAACACGUUUCAUCCAAUCGCGUGUAUAUUUUAUAUCUUUAUUCUU